AUGUACGCCGCUCAGAAUAUAACGCCAACAGUUUUGGAUGCCAUGAACGGAAAUGUUUCCGAAUGGUAUAACGAAUGCGACAAUGCCAUUAGAAGGUCAGAAAUAGUUCCUGGAACUUACGAAUAUACAACUGCUGUUUCUUAUGGAAACGUAGGUGAGUUUGGAGAAGGUUCUUCAACAACAGUAGAUAUUGCUUGCGACAGGUUUCAUAUUAUUUCUAUUGACAACUCAUUCUUAUACGUGGAACAAGACAUUGAAAUAAAACCUUCUGCCAAGUUGUCUGACAAGAAAGGUUGCAAUGGAAUUUUCUAUGUCGGAUACCAAUAUGCUCCAGAAGUUUUCAUGGGAUAUAAGAUAUAUUCUAACUCUGACUUAGUUCAAACAGUAACAUGGGCAAACUAUGAAUGGUUCGCUUUGAGAAACUCAGUACAACCACAAGCUAGAGAACAAACAGACCAGUAUGCAAAUAUUGAGAAAAUAAGAAGACUUGACCCUAACGUUCCAGGAGUUUAUGUUAACCUUUCUGGACAAACUGCAGCAGCAGUAACCAAAGUAAAACUGAAACUUAGAGUUCCUUUGUCAUCUUUCCUCAUCUUCAG